AUGCCUCUCGGACUGAAGAACGCUCCCCUCAUCUAUCAAGCUGUGAUCAACAACUGCUUAUGGGGUUUCGUCAGACUCUCUCCGGAAGAAGAAGCUGACGUGGACAGUGACGUUUUAGAAUAUCUGGGACUGGCACUUGCCGACCGGAGUGAGAUUGCCGAACGGAACGUUCCCAUCCUGACGGAGACGAUGACUGUUUUCAAACGAAACAUUCCAGCGCCACCACAGAUGGGACCUGUUCUCGGAAGGAGCUCCUACAUCGAUGACAUCGCUCGUGGUGCCGCGACUUGGGAUCAGCUCUGUGAAGACCUCAAUGAAUUGCUUUUACGAUUGCGUUACUGGAAUAUUUUAGUAAGUCUUCCGAAGAGCGAAUUUGGAAAGUUAGUCAUCCCGUACCUUUCUCACGAAAUCAGCGCCGAAGGAAUACGGGUGCUUUCUUUUCUCGGAAGUCUGAACUACUAUCAUAAGUUCAUUGAAGAUUUCCCAGUUAUAGCUGCAUCACUGUAUGAACUCACGGAAGAACGGAUCCGUUCUGGACGAGACUUUCUCUGGGCGAAAGAAGCUUUUGAAAUCUUGAAACGGAAGAUCGUUUCGACGCCGUUGUUGCGACAUCCGGACCGAAGUUGGCCAUUCGUGAUUAUUCCGCAUGCCAACCAAUGGGCAGCUUGCGCUGUCUUAGGACAGGUGUACGAUGGAAGAAUCCUUCCGGUGAGGUUCACAGGACGAGUAUUGAAUGAUUCGGAAUUACGAUAUCAUAUUGCCGAGAAAGAAGUGAUCGCGAUUCUCAGGGUACUCCAAGUUUUCCGAACAAUGUUAGAAGGAUGCCGUUUGGAAAUAUAUACCAGGUACUCCGUUCUGAAAUGGGUUCUCACUUCGAAAACCGCCGAUGGACGAUGUGUACCUUGGGGUGUGGCAUUGUCACACUGGGACAUCACGGUUCAGAAAGUACAACGGGAAGAGGACGGCUUACCUGCCAGCAUGGGAGCCGGUAUCACUCCGAGAGAGCAUCUGGACAAGGUGGCUGAAUCGCUCAUCCCAUGUGAGAGCACCUCCAGUCGUUAG